UCACUUCAGGUUGCUGCAACAGCAGAGAAUUGCCUUCUUACCAUAUAUCCAUACUUGAUGCUUCACCGCACAGACCAGCAAAUUAUCUUGACAAGUGAUGACAAUGAGAUAAUCUACUGCAAUGGAAAUGUUGUUUUGGAUUCCCAUUAUUCUCAAGGAUCAUUGUCCCUUAGUACUUCCUUCAGUUCCCUGUGUGAAGACACUAAUUCAGCCUAUGAAAGUUCUUCUUCAGGAUGGGAAAAUAUUCUUGAAAAUGUAAGUGUGAAGAAGAAUGAAGCUGACAGCCAAAGUCAUGAGAGAGAAAAUACAUUUCAACAAUUGCUUUUUCCUCAUGAAGACAGAGGGGAAUACAUCUUCCAGAAAGUGAUAACUGCAGUUCAGAACUGGUUCACUCUCUUCGGUUGGUCUAAGGGACCUAAUCCUAUUUCUAUUCCUCACUCACUAAGACGUGAUGUGUGUAAAAUCCAGAUGGCUUCACCUGAUGAAAAAGUUUUUAAACAAAACCUUGGCAAAGAUACAAAGACUGUUUAUGACAUGCUACUCCAUCUGAGUGGACAAUUGCUACCAGGAAUUACUUCGAGCCAGUCAUUGCCUGCUGAUCCUAUUGAAAGAGUGGUCCAGCUCCACUGGCAGCAUUCUACAAUGCUCACUUUUCUCAAAAGCCAAGGAGCAUGCCUUCCUCAUGUUAUGCCUGAAUUUCUGCUUCAACCUGAUGAGUAUAAGAAAUGGAUUGGAUUGCAAAUGGCACUGAAGGUUCAGAUGACUGAGAUGCAAAAAACUAGUAUGAAGAACUCUGACAUUCUUAACACUAAGAGUCUGCUUGUUUUGGAUGACAAUGCAUUCGAGAUCUUGAGCAAACGCGUGUGGACUGAUGUGCUACUCCAGGUAUACAAGGUUUUGGUCCUUGCACGUAUAUCAUCACUUACUAUCAGUGAUCUGUUGAACUCGGAAAGCCAGCAAAGCAUGCCAAGAAUAAAUACUGAACCUUUAUCCAGUAAUAUAUAUUCUCCAUCUGAAAGACUCCUCCUUAUCUGGCUAAAUACACAUUAUGAGAAAACCAGAAAAAUUGUGUGGAAGGACUGUCAAAAAGGUGAAGUGCCCCCUGUGAGAUGGAUAGUAAAUUUUGACAGAGAUCUUCUAGAUGGUCUUGUAUUGGCAGCACAGGUGGCAGCUUAUUGCCCAUAUUUGAUCUCAACUCACUUUGUGAAUAUGUAUACUAAGCCAAGAAGUCCAGAACAAUGUCUGCACAAUUGCUUGAUACUCGUGAAUGCUUUGCGUGCUAUCAGUCUUUAUAUAGAUGUACAGGCCUCCGACAUCUGUGAUCCAAACCCGAUCAUGAUGCUUAUGCUCUGCGUCUAUUUGUAUGAAAGGCUGCCUCAGUAUUUACCCAAGAAGACUAUUGAGUUUACUGGAGCUCUCCAUGCUACUGUUGUUAGACAGGUGCGUCUGAAAAACCCGAGCUUGAAACCUUUGGUGUACAGUGCUACAAUUGUAGGAAGGGAGUUUGCUGAUUUCUUAUUGCCAAAAGGAAACACUGUCGUCAUUGCCCCAAAGAGUCAGAUAAAUAGAAAAAUGGAAUUCACUAGU